UCACCUCCUCCAGAGCCCAGGGAAGGCAGUGGAGGUAGCUGUGGACGACGGACGCAGCAGGAGCAGGACGGGGGACAGGGGAGACCGUCCCUGUGUUGCCGGACCCCGGGCCGCCGUCGCGAUGCCCAGCUGGGCGCCCUGGCGGCUGCUGCUGCUCUCGCUGGCGGGGCUGCCGCUCCGGAGCGCGGAGACAGGAUCUGAGGGGCAGACGGCCGGGGAGCUGUACCGGCGCUGGGAACGGUACCGCAGGGAGUGCCAGGAGACCCUGGAGAGCGCGGAGCCCCCCUCAGGUCUCGCCUGUAACGGGUCCUUCGAUAUGUAUGUCUGCUGGGACUACGCUGCACCCAACGCCACGGCCCGAGCGUCCUGCCCCUGGUACCUGCCUUGGCACCGCCAAGUGGCUGCGGGCUUUGUCCUCCGGCAGUGUGGCAGUGACGGCCAAUGGGGACCUUGGCGAGACCACACCCAGUGUGAGAACCCAGAGAAGAACGAGGCCUUUCAGGACCAAAGGCGCAUCCUGGAGCGGCUGCAGGCCGUGUACACCAUCGGCUACUCCCUGUCCCUGGCCACGCUGCUCCUAGCACUGCUCAUCCUGGGUGUCUUCAGGCGGCUGCACUGCACCCGGAAUUACAUCCACAUCAACCUGUUCGCGUCUUUCACGCUGCGGGCUGCGGCCAUCCUGAGCCGGGACCGGCUGCUACCUCCACCGGGCCCCCACCCCGGGGACCAGGCCCCCGCCCUGUGGAACGAGGCCCUCGCCGCCUGCCGCACGGCCCAGAUCCUGACCCAGUACUGCGUGGGUGCCAGCUACACGUGGCUGCUGGUGGAGGGCCUGCACCUGCACAGCCUCUUGGUGUUCCCUGGCGGCUCGGAGGAGGGCCACUUCCGCUGUUACCUGCUCCUUGGCUGGGGGGCCCCCGCGCUUUUCGUCUUUGCCUGGGUGAUCGUCAGGUACCUGUACGAGAACACGCAGUGCUGGGAGCGGAACGAUGUCAAGGCCAUUUGGUGGAUCAUCCGCACCCCCAUCCUCAUAACCAUCUUGAUAAACUUCCUGAUCUUCAUCCGCAUCCUUGGCGUCCUCGUGUCCAAGCUGAGGACCCGGCAGAUGCGCUGCCCCGACUACCGCCUGAGGCUGGCUCGCUCCACGCUGACGCUGGUGCCCCUGCUGGGCGUCCACGAGGUGGUGUUCGCGCCCGUGACGGAGGAACAGGCCCGCGGCGCCCUGCGCCUGGCCAAGCUGGGCUUCGAGAUCUUCCUAAGCUCCUUCCAGGGCUUCCUGGUCAGCGUCCUCUACUGCUUCAUCAACAAGGAGGUGCAGUCGGAGCUCCGCCGCGGCUGGCGCCACUGCCGCUCGCAGCGCUGCCUGGGCGAGGAGCCGCGCCAGCGCCCGGAGCGCGCCUCUCGGGCCCUGCCCUCGGGCCCGGGCCCCGGCCGCGUCCCCACCGGCCGCGCCUUGCCCUCUGGGACCUUGCCAGGCCCCGGGGAUGAGGCCAGCCGGGUACUGGAAAGUUACUGCUAGGUAGCAGGGUCCCGCGUCUGUCCAAUCAGCACAUAUUUGUUGAGUGCUUGCUGUGUGCCAGGCCCAGUGUGGGGGACACCGGGGAAUUAGGGGACAGGAAACCAGGUCGCCGGCCUCACGCAGAUCACACAGGCUAUGGAAAUGGCUUCUGAAGGGAGGUCUGGCAGAAGGGACAGCAUGUGCUAAGGCCCCGGGGCAGGGAGGAACUGGAGAGGAAUGAGCCAGAGCCAGCAGCAGACAGGGGCACACAGUCAGGAUCUUACUCCGGGCGCACUGAAGGCUGUUGGCAGGGGCCCCGGUACGCCCGGUAGGGGCAGGGGUGGAUGCCAGAGCUGAGCGAGCUGCCCGGCUGCCGUAGGGGUGCGGAAGCUCACCAGGCAGGAGCCGUUUCAAAGGCAGCGUGGAGGGGCCGGCAGGUCCUAGAAGUGCAGUGAACGAGAGACCAGAAGGGUGGCGGAGAGGAGACCCGGCUCAGGGCGAGGACCCAGUGUCCUGUGACACUGCCGGCGUCGGGGGGCCGGGUGUGGGGCGGUCAGCACAGACACCUUGGGGCGGCCUCACGGCGGACACCCGCGCACAGAGCGGCCAGGGCACAGCUAGCCGCAGGGAGGACACACAACCCAGCUCCAGAGACGGGCUGCCAUGGGCACUGAGAGCCGGCAAGCUGACCGCUGCACAGCCACGAGGCCCUCACCCCCGUCUUCCCCACACAGCUGUGCCCACAGCUGAGCCUUCUCAGCCUGUGGCCUGGCCCCCCCCACCGCGGUGGGUGCCCCUGGGAAUAAAACUGGAGCACCC